CGUGGCCUAUAAAAGAGUCCAGGACCACUCAGGAGGGUUGCUGGGAGACAGGAUUGGGUAAAUUCAGAUAGGGGUGGGGUUUGUGUGCCACGUGACUGAUCCACGCAACAUGGAGGAGCCGGAAGCAGAUAGGAAGAGAUCUCGAGAAGAAGAUGAUGACCCAGCAGGGGGCCUGUCAGAAGAUGAGGACUACAUUCCCUAUGUGCCAGUCAAGCAGAGAAAACAGCAAAUGUUACAGAAGUUGCUGCAGAUGCGGCGGAAGGGAGCAACAGAAGAGGAGCAGAAAGACAGCGGCAGUGAGCCCCGAGGGGAUGAAGAUGACAUUCCCUUGGGUCCCCAAUCCAAUGUCAGCCUCCUGGACCAGCACCAGCACUUGAAGGAGAAGGCAGAAGCCCGGAAAGAGUCUGCAAAGGAGAAGCAACUGAAAGAGGAAGAAAAGAUCUUGGAGAGUGUGGCAGAGGGCCGAGCUCUCAUGUCGGUGAAAGAAAUGGCGAAAGGAAUUACCUAUGAUGAUCCCAUCAAAACCAGUUGGAAGGCCCCGCGAUACGUGCUGAGCAUGUCUGAAGCCCGGCAUGACCGUGUUCGCAAGAAGUACCACAUCUUGGUGGAAGGAGAGGGAAUUCCACCCCCCCUCAAGAGCUUCAAGGAGAUGAAGUUCCCUGCAGCCAUUCUGAGGGGCCUGAAGAAGAAGGGGAUCCACCACCCUACUCCCAUUCAGAUCCAAGGCAUCCCUACCAUCCUUUCUGGCCGUGACAUGAUUGGCAUUGCUUUCACUGGCUCUGGCAAGACAUUAGUCUUCACUCUGCCUGUCAUUAUGUUUUGCCUGGAACAGGAAAAACGAUUACCAUUUUCUAAGAGGGAGGGGCCUUAUGGGCUCAUUAUCUGUCCUUCACGAGAAUUGGCCCGACAGACCCAUGGAAUUUUGGAGUAUUAUUGUCGACUGCUGCAGGAAGACAGCUCCCCACCUCUGCGCUGCGCCCUCUGCAUUGGGGGCAUGUCAGUCAAGGAGCAGAUGGAAACCAUCCGACAUGGGGUGCACAUGAUGGUGGCCACCCCUGGGCGCCUCAUGGACCUGCUGCAGAAGAAGAUGGUGAGCCUGGACAUCUGCCGAUACCUGGCCCUGGAUGAGGCUGACCGAAUGAUUGACAUGGGCUUUGAAGGGGACAUAAGAACCAUCUUCUCCUACUUCAAGGGCCAGCGACAGACUCUGCUCUUCAGUGCCACCAUGCCCAAAAAGAUCCAAAAUUUUGCCAAGAGUGCCUUGGUAAAGCCUGUCACUAUUAAUGUGGGCCGGGCAGGGGCUGCCAGCUUGGAUGUCAUCCAGGAGGUGGAAUAUGUGAAGGAGGAGGCCAAGAUGGUGUACCUGCUGGAGUGUCUACAAAAGACUCCUCCACCUGUGCUGAUCUUUGCAGAGAAGAAGGCAGAUGUGGAUGCCAUCCAUGAAUAUUUGCUUCUCAAGGGUGUGGAGGCUGUAGCCAUCCAUGGGGGCAAAGAUCAGGAAGAACGAACCAAAGCCAUCGAGGCAUUCCGGGAUGGCAAGAAAGAUGUCUUAGUGGCCACUGAUGUGGCCUCCAAGGGUUUGGACUUUCCAGCCAUUCAGCACGUCAUCAACUAUGAUAUGCCUGAGGAGAUCGAGAAUUAUGGUGAAGCAGGGCAUGGGAAAGAGUGCAUCGGAUUGGCCGGACAGGGCGUUCAGGGAAUACAGGCAUUGCCACCACCUUUAUCAACAAGGCCUGUGAUGAAUCAGUGCUUAUGGAUCUCAAAGCCCUUCUGCUUGAAGCCAAACAGAAGGUGCCUCCCGUGCUGCAGGUCCUGCACUGUGGGGAUGAGUCCAUGCUGGACAUUGGAGGAGAGAGAGGCUGCACCUUCUGUGGGGGUCUGGGCCACCGAAUCACUGACUGUCCCAAACUGGAGGCCAUGCAGACCAAGCAAGUCAGCAACAUUGGUCGAAAGGACUACCUGGCACACAGCUCCAUGGACUUCUGAACCCCUGAGGUGGACUGGAGCUGGAAGUUCAGGUGCCGCCACCCUUCUAGGAGAGGCCACUUGGAUUCUCUGCCUAGGCUGGCCCUGUGCUGCCCCCAUAGGAUUGCUGUUUUCUACCUUUUCAUUUUUCCCUCAUCUAGGGGUUCCUCUUAUUAAAUUAGAAGUACUGCGCUCACAUGUCUAUAAUGUUUUAAGGGCUGCAAAAUACCUUUCUCAAAAUAACCCCAUGAAAAGGCUUAAGGAGGGAAUGUUAGCAUCAUUUUACUAAGGAGGAAACUCUGAGGCUACAUACAAUCCACACAGCUGGAAAUAUCAGCUGGGAUUUGAACCCAGGUCUCCUAGUUCCAUACUGCAUCUCACCUUGGAAACGAUUUUGCGUGUUCUGCCUCUGUCAUUGGCCAUGCCCAAAAGCCCCCCCCUCUCCUCUGUUGCCUCUGCCCCCUCCUCCCCCCACCUCACCUUUAUGCCCCGGAAAAACAGCCUGAAGCAAGUACCAGUUUCAACACUUAGCCAGGGUUGUUGGGCAACCUUGCCCUUUCCUUUCCCCCCAUAGACUUUCUCUGGCCACUAAAACAAAAGGGAAUAUAUGUAUAUUUCCCAAGUUGUAGCCUGACCCUCAAUGUGAGUCUUUCUCUUCCUGGGCUCCUGUUUCACUAUCUCCUAGCCUCCUGUUUCUCUUUCCUAGAGUCUGUGUUCUCCCCAGAACCAUAUCUAGUAGAAGCCCAGAAAGUUGUGGGGUAAGAGGAAGCAGGUUGAUUUCUGCUAUUAAAUGAUGCUUCCUGUCCAUUCUUUUAUAACCUAUAGCCUGUUCCCUCAUACUUAGUGUCUCCUAAAUCCUUCUAUAAAUUGGAUAUAGGGAUGAAGAUGAAAAGGUCCAUGAGUCUUAGAAGAGGAGGGCUGGGUCUUGCUUGACUACCCUCUUUCUUAUAUUCUCCUGGCCUCUUUAUAGUUCUUGGGGCAACUAGGUGGCAUGGUGAAUAGAGAGCCAGAUCUAGGGUUGGGAGGACCUGGGUUCAAAUUAGACACUUCCUAACUGGGUGAUCCUGGGCAAGUCACUUAACCACAAUUUCCUAGAGUUGUCUCUAAGACAGAAAGGAAGGGGUUUUUUAAAUAAUUGUAGUAGUUUGCAUUUUUAAAAAUAGCUGUUUUUAUAUCACUUAAAUUUUCCUCUGUACUCAUUUCCCCUCUCCCAAAGUCAUCCCUUAAAACAAAGAAUUAAAAAAAGAAAAAAGGGAAAGAAAAGAAGAAACCAAAAUUGAUUAUUGCAACAGAAAAAUCUGGCAUGAUAUAUACUGCCCACAGUCAUGCCUUCCACCUCCUAAGGAGUGGUAGGGAAGCAUUUCCUCAUCUUUUUUCUUUGUAAUAUUGAAAUUAUUCAUUUUUGCCUGGUUUCAGAUUGUUACUCUUUCUACUUAUUUAUAUUGAUAAAAUAUUUGUGAAUAUUGUU